CCUUUCACACAGUUGUAUCAAAUGUAUGUAGCACCGUUUUAAAAUCUUCCAAGUUUCAACACUAACAAAAGUCGACGCACAAAAUCCCCAUUGAGAAAACAAACACUUUCUUUCAAUUUUGGUCCUUCAGAUUCAGGGUUCGGGAAAUCUAUUGAACAAUCCUUAUCAAUAUCUAUUAUAUUUUUGAAAGAAAAAAAAAACCCAGAAAUUCUUCUUAAUCAUUGUAGUAAAUCCGGGCAAUCUUUUGAGCUGGAAAAAGAAUGUCUUCCAAUUUUAUAUGAUCUCUUUUUUGGGGUUUGCAAGAACCUUCCUUCAUGUUUCUGAAUCUGAUUGCUUGAAUCUUUCAUGAGCUGAAAAUUCAUUCCUUUAUUCGUUAGAAAUGUGCAUUGACUUUAUCGGGUCAUGCCGAUUGUAUUGAAUUUCCGUAGUUUAGUUGUCAAGAUUGCAUCUUUAUGGUUUAGGAUGAUAAUUUAUUGAUAUUGAUGAUUGGGUUGAGAUGGGUUUUCUUGAUUAAAGAUUAACAAUCAAGUGUUCUUCUUGUUUGUUGUGGUUUUGGAUUGGUGGGUUGAGUUGUAAAUACUAGGAUAGUGAAGCUCAUAGCAAUGGAUAAGAAUGGUAAGAGUGAUAAAAAGGAGUGUUUAAAUGGUGUAGAUUCUCAGAAUCUUGCACUGAAUGGAGGAAAAGAUGAGCAAGAGGAAUCACAGCUGUUGUUGCCUCCAAAUAAUGAAGGUGGAUUGUCUAAGAAGUCGGGGAAGCCCAGGAGGAAAGUUCAGUGGAAUGAUAAAAAUGGAAAUAAGCUUGCAGAAGUCCUGGAAUUUCAACCAAGAAGUAGUGAUAUAUUUGGAGCACCAUUGUCUGGUGGAGACAAAACCGGACACCAAUGCUCUCUAAAUCUGGUAGAGACAAAAACUGUGAGAUGCUAAAAUAUGACAUACGUAGUGAGUGAAUGUCCAUGACUCUCAAUGUCAAUUUAGUUGAUUGAAUUACAUUCAAGUGAUUGCAGCCAUCUUCUUGCCUCCUAUAUCGUGCUUUCAAAUGCCAAUACUUGCCUUAUUUAGGUGAUCUAGUUGCAUUCUAUAGGAUCUAAAUUGUAAGAGUUGACUUGCCAUUAGAUGAGUUGAUGCAUCUGCAUAAUGUCAUUCAGAUUGUCAGUGUAUUGUGGAGACACACUGGUUGUUUAGCAUUGGCAUUUCAAAAUCAAGUAUGAUCUUGUCAUCAUUCCAACAGUACUAUCUUCUGAAUAGGCAUCCCGUAAUUGUCUCAUUUUGUUUUGCAUUCUUUAUCAAUAUAUUGUCCCUUCCUCUGAGAAUCUUAGAUUGACAUUAUGCUUGCAAGAUCAAGGAAUAUGUCCUCCAUUGUAUCGUAUCUAUAAUACUUCUACAGGAGAUUGCUGUUAUAUCUUAAUUCCUUGGUCCUUGGGAUCCUUUUCUUCUUCUUUAACUGGCUUUCAGAUUUUACUUUUCCAAGUUGGAUUAUGAGAGAAUGAAAGGAAAGGGGAAUCUGGAAAAUUUUUGGACAAGCAGGGGAUUUUGGGAGGGAUGCUUAGCCUUGAAGAUUUAAGUUUCACAAGUAAAUGUGCUGUAGAAUUGUUUUAUUUAGCCAAUCUAGUUCGGGGACCUUGCCUGGAAUUAACUUUUUCCUGGGACAUGAAUGUGACGGCUGCUGCUAAGAAAUUUCUUUUGGCAUGACUGCGGAUGCCCAUCAGCACUAACUUUUGGUGUAGGAGGAUAGCUUUCCAGGCACCAAGUUGCUUUAUAGGAAUCUUCAGUGUUAUGGGUUCUGGCAUCCACGGUUCUGGCACAAGUUACGUCACAUAUUUUGCACUAAAAUUUGUUGGUUGCCAUGUUUUCAAUGCCUUACAGCAGGAUAUGCACUUAAUCAUGAGCCCAUUGAACAUCUAGGCUACCUUUAUGUCUUGACAUAAACAAGUGUAACGAAUCAUUGCUUUAUUUAGUGCAUAAUAAACUUUGGCACUCUACCCUUACUGAAAAUAGCAACUGGAAUACACGUGUGUAACCUUGAUUUCACCCAAAAAAAGUUUGCGCCUCUUUCCAUAUUCGAGAUAGAUUUACCGUACUGAGGAAUGCAUGUUGGCAUUUGACAAUUCCCUGUGAAUUGGUUUCCAGACUUGUUCAACGGACGGUGGCUAUAUUACUCAAUAAACUGAAGUUGUUCUGAUGUAAUUUCUUGUUUUUC